CUGGCUCAAAAUAAGUAGAGGCUUCUCUGUGACUAUGAAUUUGCUGCGCUAAGAAGAAGAGAGCUUAGUUUAUCAACAAUGUGGCAGAAGCUGAACCAAUCGCUGUCAGGGGUUGACGAUGACGGACGAGAGAGCUUCUUCGAUGACGAAUCUGACGGCUUGUGCUCUCUUUCUGCUACCCAGAGAAUGUACGGUUUCGCUGCGUGCUUGAUCGCUGGUCUGGUUCUUAUGAUUCUGUCACUGAUUGUCUUCGCCAAACCAAUCAAAUUUGCCAUAUUAUUCACAUUUGGCAAUGUAUUGGCAGUUGGAAGCACAGCCUUUCUUCUCGGCUUGGGCCAACAAAUGAGAAUGAUGUUUGAUUCUGUUCGCAUCUAUGCAACAGCUAUCUAUCUUGGAUGUGUUGUUAUCGCACUCAUCUGUGCUUUGUGGAUUCAUAGCAAGAUUUUAACAAUAGUUGCAAUAAUAAGUGAGAUCUGCGCUCUUUUUUGGUAUAGUUUGAGUUAUAUUCCUUUUGCUCGGAGAAUGGUGUCCGAAUUGAUGAUCCGUUGGUGUGACACCGAGCUUUAAAACGAUGCCAUGCAAGGAUGUUCAGAUAGAGGAGGGUUGAAAUUUUUGGAAAGUUGUCGACUCCUUUUUCUUUCUACUGUUUUGAGUUGGAUCCUAUUUGGCUUGUGAUUGCUUUGGGAACAUUGUACUUUAUCGGCUUGAUACUCAACAUCUAUACAUGUAUUUCACCUUUUUUUUUCUU